UGAUUUGGGUGGGUGUAGUCUUCUCACACCCCUCAUCCUGAGUGAACCCCCUUGAUGCGCCCCUGUACACCCAAACACACACGCAUUCAAUCCACGCACCGGCGAUGACACACCAUUCCAACAACUCAGUUCGAGACCACAUGAAAUGGAGGCCUGACAGACCAGGCCAAAAAUAGUCUGAAAACAGUCCGUGGACGACCAUCUGCAAUCCCUGCGUGUCAGCCUUUAUGCGUGAGACUGUGGCCCUGACAUUGACCCUGAUGCUGACUCUGAGCUGCGGCUUGCCCUGUGUAGUUCCUGCAGUCUGAGUUGAUGACAAUCCUAGGCCACCAUACUACUGUCAAACUGAACUGCUGUUUGUGUUGUUCCUCCAGGCUGGGUUGCUGGGCUGUGAGGCGGUGCUGUCCAGCAUGGCCCUGAUGCAGGCCAACAACAUGUCUGGGGGACAAAAGAAGAUGUCACAGCACGACCAGGGCCAGAGGGACAUCAACAACCCUGAGAGCCACCAGCAGCAGUCUCACCAAUCACACCACAACAAUCACCAGUCCCACCACAGCCACAUGGUCCUGCCCUUGGGAGUCAGCUGCCCACCCCUGUUUAUUAGAAAGGAUGGACACUCGUGUCACGCACCCAGGCUGCUGGAUGAGAAAGAUAUGCAGGCCAGCCAGAAUACACAACCGACAAAAAAGAAGCACAGAAAAUCAGCCACACCCAACAAGCUGAGAGAGAAAGUGGAGCAGGUGGAGAUGGAUAUUAACGGUGAUGAUCACAAUUCACAAGUACAGAAGAACUUUAUCUGUGAGCACUGCUAUGGAGCAUUCCGAAGUAGCUACCACCUGAAGCGGCACAUUCUCACUCAUACAGGGGAGAAGCCGUUUGCGUGUGACGUGUGUGACAUGCGGUUUAUUCAGCGAUACCACCUGGACAGACACAAGAGAGUUCACAGUGGAGAGAAGCCCUACCAGUGUGAUCGCUGCAAUCAGAGUUUCUCACGGACAGACCGUCUGCUACGUCAUCGCCGUCUGUGUGGGGCGGGAAGGAGCAUUCCCAAGGAGGAGAACCAGUCAUUCUCCUGCGAGGGCAGAGGAGGAGCCUACUCCCAGGAUGCACCUGGGCACACGGCUGCCUGGAGCCCCCUACAGCAGCAGAGCAGCCGUCUGGCUGUCUGACCUUUAAACGCUGACCCUCUCACAGACAGCAGUGCUGCAUCCUCCCUCAGCCCAGAUAAACUUGGCUAAGACAAAGACACCAAACCUUAAGUUGUUCUCACCAACUAGCUCAUAUCCUGUUGAUGGGAUAGUGGAUUAUUUUCUACUUUUGUAAUAACUUUUUAAAAUAAAUGUUGUAUUGUUACGUACAUGGUACUUAACAGAAGGGGAAGACGAGACCUCGGGUGGAGUGGGAGGAGUUUGGGCAAGCUGUCAUAUUGCUACGGCAAUAAUGAAUUCAUUAACUGACAUGUUUUAGCCUCAAAAGUGUUUUUUUUUUUGACUGGAGACUUAAGCUCUUUCCAGACAGUAAGAGAAAAUUCAGAGUGGAGUUCGGCGAAAUCGAGCAGAUUCCUAUUAUCUCUGCUAGGCAGCUUUCACGUGCACUGCUGACCGCUCCGCCUGGAUAGAAUUCGCCCCGCCCCCCACCCCCCCACCUAGCUCCAUUGAAUGGGAAACUCCACCGCCACUUCCUGCCUGGAAAGCCCUUUAAUGUGAGGUUGGUCUGGUCAUACCAAUAUGAACAACUGGCUUUGCUUCUUCUUUAAUUUUUUUUUACCAUAUGAUUGUAUGUGUACGCUUACCAUUGGACAAUACUGAUCAGUAACCUAGGACACUCUUCCUGAUCCACUAGCAGCCUCAGUGGCCAAGCACAUCAUACUAUGGACAUUAUUAAGUAUUUGAAGGAAAAUGUUGAACACACAAAUCCUUGUGGCCUUGAACCACUCAGAUUCAUUCAAGUUGGUUCUGUUACUACUACUAGCUUAACAGUUCCUGGUUUGACUUGUUAGUGAAUGGCCGUAGCCUAAUAGACCUGUGUAACUAGCUGACCCUACCUUGAUAUUGAGAUCAUUGGGUAGUUGACACAUUUCUUGUUCUCCAUUGUUAGUGUCAUUUACAUACAUCCAGUUCUUGUUAUGUUUGACUCAAUUCUGUCUAAAGAUAUCUAACUUUCUAAUUUGCUACACUGGUCAGAUGUUUAACUCUAGAACCUCUCAUAGCUACCGUUUUGGGGAUAGUGACCAUGGAAAUGAAAUUACUCAUGUCCAUUCUAGUAUUCUAAGUGAUCUCGUGUUUUUUGUCGUUGUUGUGAAUAAUCAGGUGUCUUAUCUCAAAGGACAUCUGUGCAUGUAAGCCUAUUCUAUAUUCAUUCAGACUCCAUGAAGAGUAUCAAUAGGUAUUUUUUUUUUGUCUUUCGUUGUUAUCAAAUGUCCUGAGUAUGUCGAUCCAUCUUGUUAUAUUUCUGGUGUUAUUUUAAAGAAGAGGUAAUCUCAUGAAGCAGGACGGUUGACCUGCUCUGACCCAGUUAUAAUAUCAUACCAUGUUGAUGUUUCUACAGUGAGCUCAGUGUUGUGACAGUUUGUUGUUUUCGCUCUGUACUCCAGCACGUUGGAUUGGAAUGAUACGAGGUGAAAGUGCAGACUGUCAGCUUUAGUUUCAUCCAAAUCAGGUGAGCCGUUAAAUAAUUACAGCAUUUUCUGGUCAUAGUCUCCCCUGUUUUAGGGGUUCCAAAGUAUCAAGCUUGUGACUCCACACAUUUCUUGGAUGCAUUUGCUGUUUGUUUAGAUUGUUUCAGAUUAUUUUGUAAUAGAAAUGAGUGUUAAAUAACUCAGUGUCAUUUUGGAGUUAGUUAUUGUAAAUACGAAAAUGUUUUGAAACACCUACAUUGAUGUGGAUGCUACCAUGAUUACAGAUAAUCCUGAAUGAAUCGUGAAUAAUGAUGAGUGAGAAAGUUUGAGGCACAAUCUAAAAUGACACUACAUUAUUUACCAUUAAUUUCUAUUGUGCACAAAAUAAUCUGAAACACAAGUUUGUAGAGUGACAAGUUUAACGUAGUCAUUGUGUGCUAGGAAUAUGGGACCAAACACUAAACAUUUUACUACUUUUAAUACACAAGUGAAUUUGUCCCAAUACUUUUGGCCCCCUAAAAUGGGGAGACUAUUUACAAAACGUGUUGUAAUUUCAAAAUGGUUCACCCGAUAUUGAUGAAAAAACCCUCAAAUAAAGCUGAUAGCCUAGUCUGCACUAUAACCUUAUAGUCAUUGUAUAAUUUCAAAUCCAAUGUGCUGGAGUAAAGAGCGAAAAGAACAAAUGUCACUCCCAGUAAUUUGAGCUCACUUUAUUCACCUCUAGCAUCUAAAGUGAAGAUGACCAUUUCUGAAAUCCAAAUUGACCCCUACAACCUAGGCACUCCUGUAUAUCUGAGAGAAAUUCUAAUAUGGUAUUAUGGUAAUACCAUCUUGUCUAAUCCUCUCAGAUCUACAGGAAAUGGCUAAACAGUAGGUGCUAGGGGUCGGUUUAGAGUUCAGUAUAUUUCCACUCAGUGGAUAUCCAUGGUAACAGAAGUUCCACUGGGGGGGUUUUUUCUCUCACAUUUUUAUUGGAGCAUCUCCGGUUCCAUUAUGGGAGCCUGGUCCCACAUCAGUUUGUACUGGCUUGCCAACUCCUGUGGUCAUUGCCAUACCAAUGACCAUAGGAGUUGGCAAUACAGCACAAACAGAUCUGGGACCAAGCUAUCAUUGACAUUCUAUAUCUUUAAACACUGGAUUGAGGAAGCCCAAAAUAUAGGAGAUGCAACCGUUAUCUGUAUAGACCGAGAAUCUUUUCUAGAGAGGACAAGUAGUUACUAUUGCAUCACGGUCAGAUUGUAAGUCGUAUCAAAGGAGUUUGUGGCCCUUUACAAAGACUAAAGCCAGUUAGUUUUCUACUGCUGAAUUUAAGUUAAUAUAUAUUUUAAAAUUCAAUUAGGAGUAGAGGCAGAACUGCCACUAGUGCCUGUCUACUGUAGCAGUCAUAAUUAACUUUUUAUUACUAGUAGUUUUGCAUGCAUCUGUGAUUGUCAAAAUGAAGGGAUAUUGUAUAAAUGUUUUUAGUACAAAUUGUUUAAAAAUAAAAUUAGUUUUUUAAAAGUAAAAUAACUUUGUCAUUAUCACAAUCCUAGUAAAGUUGUGAUAAAAUAAAGUUGACUCUGUAACAUUGUAGUGAAUGGAAAAACUAGGGCCUCAAGCUUUAAUAAACGUGUUUCUCUUUUUAAA